GCAUGUGUCAGUGUCGCUCCUCUCUGCCAGAGUUGAGAGGAGUGGUGAUCGUCCUCGGGGCCGGGGACACCGCAUUUGACUGCGCCACCUCGGCCCUCCGCUGUGGAGCCAGGAGAGUGUUUGUGUGCUUCAGGAAGGGAUUCACUAACAUCAGGGCCGUCCCUGAGGAGAUGGAGUUGGCGAAGGAGGAGAAGUGUGAGUUCCUGCCCUUCCUGUCUCCUCGGGAGGUCAUCAUGAAGAACGGUCGUGUUGCCGGGCUACAGUUAUGUCGCACGGAGCAGACUGAGGAAGGUGAUUGGCUGGAAGACGAGGAGCAAAUUGUCAGGCUGAAGGCUGAUUACAUCAUCAGUGCCUUUGGUUCCAUGCUCAACGAGCCGCAAGUGAAGGAGGCCAUGGCUCCCGUGAAGAUGACCCGCUGGGGGACUCCGGAGGUGAACACGGACACCAUGCAGACCAGCGAGCCCUGGGUGUUUGCAGGAGGAGACAUCGCCGGUUUGGCCAACACCACGGUGGAAUCAACGAACGAUGGCAAACAGGCUUCAUGGCACAUCCACAGAUACAUGCAGGUAAAAUGUCUCGGCUUUAACACUCAAGGUUUCAAG